UGUGUGUGUGUGUGUGUGUGUGUGUGUUUUUGUCGGGGGGCCUGUUCCAUCUGCAAGCCCAGCGGAUUUGUGUUAUGAACACACAACUUAGUUUGAUAAGAGAGCAGCUCCGCCGCGCGUUACUUUUGGAUUGGUUCUGAGCGCGCGCGGCUCUGCGCGGAUGAUUUCCUCUGCGGUUGAACAAUCUUUUUUGGACUCUUGUUGGUUUCUCGCUGUCCGAAAGCUCUCCGGGAUAUGUCGAGGGGCGGAGGCAUUUCUCCUUCCACCCGAAGCCUCCCCAACUUUGGACCCCGCUGACGCGUUAAAUGACAUGAAGGAGCAAACCUGUGGACGUCACUGAAGUUCCCAACAGGAGGACGACUUUAUUGCAUUCAUCUCUAACGUGCCACCUUGCUCGGGGCAACACAGUAGGCUGGCCUGCUGUUUGACUGUCUUUCUGCUGCUCGUGAAACACUUCCGCCAUCAUGCAGACCUCGUCGCUCCGCCGCCAGAUGAAAAACAUGGUCAACAACUACACGGAGGCUGAGAUCAAAGUCCGAGAGGCCACCUCAAACGAUCCCUGGGGUCCCCCCAGCUCGCUCAUGUCUGAGAUUGCAGACCUGACCUUUAAUGUAGUGGCUUUCACCGAGGUUAUGGGCAUGAUCUGGAAGCGGCUUAAUGACCAUGGUAAAAACUGGAGGCACGUUUAUAAGGCGAUGACCCUGCUGGAUUACCUGAUCAAAACAGGCUCUGAGCGUGUGGCUAAAGAGUGCCGGGAGAACAUAUACACCAUCCAGACACUCAGAGACUUCCAGUACAUAGAUCGAGAUGGACGAGACCAGGGCAUCAAUGUCCGGGAGAAGGCCAAGCAGCUGGUUACUCUGCUGAAAGAUGAGGAAAAGCUGAAGAAGGAGAGGAGUCAGGCACUCAAGACCAAGACACGCAUGACAGGUGUCACCAGUGGUUUAGGCUCCGGAUCCCUUCCUCCUCCUUACCCGGGGCGCCGCACCAGCCAGCCCAGCUCAUCUGGGGGUUAUGGGGAUGAGUUAGGCAGGUGCAGAGACUCGCCAUCCUCUUUUCACUCCUCCUCUUCCUCACCUCGAUUCGCCCCAGACCUGGAGCAGGCUCGGCCCACGACCAGCGGAGAAGAAGAGCUGCAGCUGCAGCUGGCCUUGGCUAUGAGCCGAGAAGAAAGUGAAAAGCCGCCUCCCACAGUGGACAUGGAUGAACAGACCCAGCUCCAGAUCGCUAUGACUCUCAGCAAGGAGGAGGCCCAGAAGCCAGUCCCACGUGUCGUACCUCCAACAGUGGAUAUGGAUGAGGACACCCAGCUGCAGUUAGCCCUGAGUCUGAGCAAGGAGGAGCACCAGCAGGAGCAGCUAAGUCGCCAAGGAGACGAGUCCAUGCUUCAAAAAGCUCUCGAGGAGAGCAAACGUGAGAUGGACUCUAAAGGCAAGACCGCCUUCAUGGACCUAGUAGAUGUUUUUGCAGUGCCGUCAGAUCCGCCUCCUGUUGACCAUCAGUGGAAUAACAACCAACACCAGGCAGCUGCUCGUCUAGGGGGAACAGACCCCUGGGACUCCCUGGAAGGAAGCACCAACACCUCUAGAGUGGAUCCUCCCUGGAUGGCACCUCCAACAUCUAACAGCCCCCCUCCACCAUGGGAGCCCCCAGCAGCCCCCUGGGAUGAUCCGCAGAGCAAUGUCUCCAACCCACAUGCUGCAGGCCAAGUGUGGGCUUUCCCUGGCAACACAGGUGCCUCAGGAGUUGAUCCGUUCAUAGCCUCAUCAGCGCUUAGAGGAGCUGCUAGAGUACCUUCUCCCAGAAUGGGAAGCCCCUCAGAUGGGGAUCUGUUUGAUGAAGCCAUGGAUGGAGGUCAGGUGAAUGUAAAUGGCCGAAGGGAUGGCAGCCCUGAGAUGUUUGACCUCUCACGUCUUGGAGAAAGCCUGGCUGCACCCAGCCCUCGAACGUGCAGGACACCCGAGGCCUUCCUGGGCCCCACAGGAGCUUCUUUGGUGAAUUUAGACAGCUUGAUCCCAGCAAACCCUCCAGCCAAGACAAAGAACCCCUUUCUUUCAGGCCUGAGUGCUCCCUCACCCACCAAUCCUUUCCAAACUGAGCAGCCAAAACUUAGUCUGAAUCAACUGGGUGCGGGCUCCGCUUCUGCAGCUCCCAACACUUCUCUCCCAUACAGUGCCUCCUUGCCCCUGCCUAUGAGCCACCAGCCUGCCAGUCUCCCAUCGUCACUCACUCACCCCACCCAGCCUGGUUUGGAGCUGCCAGGGAACCUCCCUGAGCCCUUGUUGCCCUUCUCUUCGGCCAGCGCUGAGGGAUCACUGGCUAAACACGACAGCCAGAACCCUUUCUUAUGAGGACCAACGAAACUGGGAAAUAUAUUAGAUAAAAGUGAAUGCCUUCAGUUUAUGCUAUUGAAAUAUAACAAACUGAAGGCCGAACUACAGACCGAAGGACCUUUACAAAAGCCUGAUUUUUGUUGAUUUUAUAUUGUGGUAUAACACAGUAACCCUUAGAUUGAUGAAAGCUGGUUCUCCGCUUCACUGCAACAAUCUGUCCUGCUCCUGAUGUCAUGAAUGCAGUAAUAUGAUAUAAAAGGGAUGAUGCUUUUUUAACAGAAAGUAUUUAUAUCACUAGUGUCAAAACACUCUUUAGGGACAUAGCACAUUGUGAAUUGACUACAGCUAGAAACUCACACAAAAGCACAGUUUGACAACAUUUUUUCACCUCAUCGCCUGGAAAAUGUAUUACAGUAUUUUAACUAGUCACUAAGUCUCCUGCUCACUCAGCUGGUUUUUGUGAUUGGCCUAGCUGGCCACUGCUGCUGUCAUAUACUCUGGAAACAGGAAAAGAAAUGAACUUCUGAUCAGAUACAAGAAUAGGAUACCUGUCCAGUUCUUGAGAUGAACUUUGUGAAGCUUCUGCUGGACCCGAUCUAAAGAGGAACAUCUGGGUACACACGAUUUUACCAAAAUGAACUGAAAUUCUGGGGUAAACUGAAUUGAAAUAUAGUUUGGGAUGAAUGUGCUUCUGAAUUUACCAUAAUCAAGGUAUUAGAAAAUGUAUGAAUCAUGAGUUCAAUUCAUUGCUUGUGAACCACUGACUCUCAUCAAAUAUAAGGGUAUCAUCAGA